AUGGACGAAACCCCAAAUGAGUGUUCUUGGAUGCAUUCUAUCAGGGUCACACUGGGUUCUCUUGAUCAUAGGGAAGUUAAAUCGUUCAUAAGCAGCAUUCCCAGCGUCCCCACUAAACUUCGAAAACCCAAUGACGAAGCUUACUCGCCAAAACUCGUCACGAUUGGACCCAUUCACAGAGGAACCAAAAGCCACCUGCUUGCCAUGGAAGAGCACAAAUGGCGUUACAUGCUGUCUCUACUUCACCGAACCCAAAACCCAGUUUCAGCCUUAGACAAAUGUGGCACCGCCAUUCUCGGCUUGGAUGAUGCUGUUCGUGCAAGCUACGGAGGUAACAUCAAGUAUGACCCCCACGAACUAGCCAAGAUUAUGCUUUUGGAUGGUUGUUUCUUGUUAGAACUACUUCUUCGGUUGUCGCCUCCAGAGCUAAUGAGUUCAUUUGCCAAUGACGAGAUCCAUCAUGGUUCCGAUCCUAUAGUUCAAAACCAAGAGUUCCUUUUCUCUGUCCUUACGGAUCUCACUCUGCUUGAGAACCAAAUACCCUUCUUUGUUCUCAAGACAUUAGCUAGGAUACUUUUUCCCAGUGUCUUUACGAGGGAUGCUGAUCAUCUUGUUUCUGAUCUUGCACUCUCCCUCUUCGGAUACCCUUUGAUUCAUUGUUCAAGUGUCGCCCACUUUCUCCAUCUUUUACACCUAUCCUCCGUUGUUGAUGAAGGACAGAAGGUGAAGCAAGCUUACCAAGAACUUAGGCGGUGCGCUACAAGGCUGAGAGCUUCUGGGGUAACAAUUCGGCCUGCACAUGGCAAAAUCAUCCGUAGAUUUGACUUCGGGUUUAAGUUCAGCAAAGGGGUUCUAGAAAUUCCACCUCUGCAUAUAGUGGAUACCACAGAAAUUUACUUGAGGAACUUCAUAGCUUGGGAGCAGAGUAGAAUUGGAAUCAACAGGCAGUUCACUUCCUAUGCUCUGUUUUUCAAAGGGUUGAUCUGUUCUCUCCAGGAUAUUGAGCUACUCGUCGAAAAUGGAGUUAUAGUAAAAGAAACCAAGAAAAGUAACGAAGAUUUGCUCGAAUUUUUUGGUACUGUCACAAGUGGGGUAGAUCAAAUGGAUUCAAGUUACAGUAAAUUAUAA